ACACACACACACACACACACACACACACACACACACACACACACACACACACACACACACCCCUUUAAAUACGUCACUCGCCAGGCUGGCUGGCUGGCUGGCUGGCUAGUAUUUGGCGGUGUGGUGUGUGUGUGCGGUCGGUCGGUCGGUCGGUCUGUGGUUGUGUUUCAGGUUUGGCCGUGUUCAUAUCGACACAUUUCGGACGCAUUUCAUCGCGUAGAGAUGGGAAUUCAGAAGAAAUGGCUCUAAAACAAAUCGCCCUGUCGCUGUUGGCCCUGCUUUGCUCUGUGGCUGUCGGGAAUGGUAAGUUUGAGCGGCGCUCCUCUCCGGCUUUGUCUCGAUGUGUUUUCCUGGACUGGGCAUCGCCUGUUGUCGCUCAGCGUCAUGGCGCUCUGGAUCAGGGAUUUGGCUAACCGUGUCUAGCUAGCGUCGACCUCAAAACCACGGCUGGUGGUGAUAGAGAAAAGUCGUGGUUGUUUAUUUAUUUUUUAUUAAAUUCUGAUAUUUACAGGCGGAAGGGAAAACACGGCGUAUUAAUAGUCGGUAUCGGAGACGGGGCAAGUAGCUAAACCACAACAACAUGGUGGGGCUAUUUGUUUCGAGGCGCCAGCUAACGUUGGCUAGCCUACUCAUAAAUUGUCAUUAAACUGUUAAAGUUGAUUCUAUGGUCAUUUAUUUUUGUUGUGGGCAAGAAAUAAUGAAUAAAUAGCGUUUUGUGUUAUGUAUCGUCCAAUGAAACAGUACAGUCCUGCUGAAGUUAUCAGUGUGUUGUGCUAACAUAUUUAGUAAACAGCCUCUCCCCAGCUUGUGACUGCUUAUCUCUCUGUUGCUCGGGGUCAACUCACUGUAAUGAUAGCAGACUGCUGAAACAUGUGCACUGUGGUCGGUUACAGUUUCCUUCAUGUGGAGUGCUCUCGUUUCACUGCUGGAAGGAGCACAAAGAGUCCCUGAAUGAAGCCUAACCUACUUUGAGCUUGAAAUGUGUUUUUUUGAGGGUAAACACUGGCAGCUCCUCUAUUGGUGUCCAUUUGUAAGGAGUGAAAAGACUGCUCAGUGGCCUCCAGCAGAAAGUGUGAAUGCUGGCAUAGGGCGACAGCAGCCCUGCAUUCAGCCAACCCAGACAGAAGUCAGAGUUGAAGUCUGGGUUCAUUGUGAUGGAAAUGUGGCAAGUGGGGUCUUUUGAGGCGCCAGUUAUGGGUCUGCUUCACUCUGAAUCGUCUCCUCCUGCAGGAGCAGCUGAUAUUCAGCUCCACACCAUGGUCUCAAAUGAGCAUAUGUUAGUCUACACUUGCUAAUGUUUUCACCAGCUGCAGUCUUCUUCCACUUCCCUUCAAAAUAGUUCAGAAUAAUUGCAAAUUAACUUAAAGAGAGAACCCAAAUUCACCUGCUAUUAAUUUAUGAAAUUGUUAAAAUAAAUAAAUAAAUAUUUACUCAUUAUUGUUCAUUUUUAAAUUAUUUUGCUAUUUCAAACAUACACAUACACACACACAGUGAGCUAAAAUGCUGUUACUUCAUGUCAUCAUGCUGCACAAGAGAGAGACAAGGAUGCAUAAAAAGCAGCCAAGAACCGUUAAAGAGGUUUUGUUCAAACAGAUCAGCGUAGGCCUGUCUACACAGUACCUUAACAAUGCAGCUGGCAUUUCAAAUCAGGAUCCACAAUGAGGCUAUUGCCAAAGAAGAGAGAAUGUAUAAUACUAAUGUAAAGACAUCACGCUCAACCCCUUAAUAUUAUUUAAAGGAAAAAGUGGCAAAAAUACAUUUAAGAAGCUGAGAUCAGAGAUUAUUUUAAUGUGAUCUCUGCAUUUUGAGACUAGCUUAUCUUCUUGAAACUUGUCACUUACUAGGAAAAAAACAAAAACAAAGUUCGACUCAGUGUGCCAGGGUAAAUAUCCUGACUGCAUGGUCAUCUAUUCAACUGGUAUGUUGUGUUUUAAACAGUCCAGUCAUUCUUCCAAGAAUCGUGUGAAUAUUCCUCUCCUGCUCAGUUCAGAUAAGGAUGCAGCUCAGCAGAGUUGUUCAGUUUGUGUUGGGCAUGCUAAAGGGAAGUAUCACACCUGAGUGGUCAGUUUGUUUGACUGGGUUAUUUCAACCUAGCGCUGAUGUGUGAGGGGAGAAUGGGAGUGGGUGUGUGGACUGAGCAGACAGGGGGUGGGGGGGUGAUGGGUUUGUCCAGCUGGUGUGAUUCGUAGGGGCCCACAUCAGGCUGUCUGGAGCCAUGGUUUCACACUAUAUAAUGGAUUACACCACACAAGGGCUGAAACCAGACAAACCUGAAAGUAGAGACGCUGGAGCAGAUUCCUUGCCUGUGGCGAGUUGAGUUUGUUUUUGUGAGAAUACACUUUUUACUCACUGGUUUGAUGAAUCUGUCACGUGGUGUUGGCUUCAUAAGGAUCAGGAGUUACUGGUGUUAUGGGCAUUACAUGCCAGUGUGACGCAGUCUGUCGGUGUGCAUUGAACACAAUAGCAAUGUGAUAUGGCUACUGUCAACCACACUGCCUUGAGGUAGGGCGCGUCUCUGUACCCUUUUCCUCUCACCCUCUCUGUUCUGUUCUCUCUCUCCUUCUCUGUCCUAUAAAAGGCCUGGUGCUUUAUCAGUGUAAUCUGUCCUUUCUUAUCAAUGGUCCCACUUCUGCUUUCACUUACUCACCCCCACCAUAGGGUGCUGAUAGAAGCUUUGAGAUGGCCUGUGUUUUUCCCCAUUAGCUUCAAGAAGGGCUUUGGUUAGACCAGCUCCUGCUAUCUCUUGAACUCUGCAGAACUCUGCUUCUGUGAAAGAAAAAAAUCACCGAAUUGGAAACAGAAAAGCCCCUACUUCUCGACUUCUUGUCAAGUGAACCGUCUGUGCAGGGCUAAACUUUGCUACAGGUGCUGUUAAAUGUCAAAUUAGAUGUGAAUGAGUUCAGCUGGAGGAAGCAGGAGGGCAGAAUGGGACAUGUGUACACCUGCCCAUUAGAUCAGAGCAGAGGGAAUGUACAGGGAAAGGUUGAAACUUAAUGGGUUCAAAGGUGUCUGUCUGUGAGAGACUUUGGACAGUAAAGGGGUGUUGUAGUAUUUCCAGCUGGCUUACGCUUGAAAAGGAGAAAGUUUUUUUCUCCUUUAACUGUGCAGCAGUUGUUGAGGCUUGUCGAGGUAGAUGGGUGUUUUUGCAGCCAAAUUGUUAUGAAAUGUUAAUGCGCUUCCUUUCCUGUUGCAGACACCUUCUCCUUAGAAAUCAGUGUUUACCAACAGCCCCAAUCAUGUGGCACCCAGCCAGUCGGGGUCAGGUCAGGUCCAGGGGGUCCAGUUUCUCUCCAUAAUGACCAUUGUCGUUAAUGACCUCCGUUGGCCCGGAGGCACAGAGCCCUAAUUGCCUCAGCAGACAGCAUAGCCUCUGACUGACCCAGCUCCGCCAUUGCUGCCGUUUCACCCCGCGGGAUUACUCUCAAAGAGUCAAAGCGAGCAAUUUCACCUUUUGUUUCCCACCUUCCCAUGCGGUUGAUUUCUUUAGUUCACUUAGGCUCUGGUGGUGCAGUUAAAAUGACAUCUGCUUUAGGUGCUGUACUUUCAGUGUGCUUGAGUGUGAGGCUGUUAUCGUCAACAGUACACCCAGACAGACCCGGUAGCUAUUAAAGUUCAUGUCUAUAGGGCCACACCUGACACCCACCCUCCAUUACAUAUCUCUUUGUAGAAGUGUUUGAUUUGUUACUUUUGGCGGUUGUUGGAAUGUAGAUAAGACCUGCUCUGCCUUGUCAUUUUCUGCCGGGAGGUGUGCAGUCUACAAGUCAAGUUGUCUCCAUUACUCCCCUGACUAUGAUCUGCUUAGAUUGGUGUAGUGUUGGAGAAGUUGGUUUGCAAAGUGUCUUCAUUUUUUCCUCUUGGAAAGAUUAUUCAUAUUGAAUCAUCAAAAUAUUUCAUCAAUUUCUUUCUUAACCUCCAACGCAUGUCUGUCCACGAUGAUAUCUACUGAACUUUGGUGAGUUUAUUCAGUGGUUUAACAUCUCCCUGAUAUUACUAAUGCGGUUGAACUUUUUUUCACCGUCACUCCCUUUACAUACUUCCUGUUAGCGUAGCAUCUGAUCCCACACAGUGUGCAGAGUAGAAGUGAUAACAUAAAUGUUUUGUUUAACUCCUUUUAUGAGUGUGAAAUUAUCUUUUAAUUUCUUCUCAAAAGAAUUGAAAACUUUGCUUUUGAGGUUCUUGUAAAAAUCAGUUUUUGUCCACUGAACAUUUAGUCAAAGAAAAUGUUUUAGCAAAAGUUUGAUUCCAGAAAAGUUCAUAAAAUACACUUUUACUUUGUUACAGGAGCCAAAUAUCAUUUUAAAAUCAUUUACUCUGCUAGAUUUUUGAGCGUGGUUUAGACCUGCUCUUUUACAGACAGCGUCUUGAAACAACGACUGUUGUAAUUUGGCGCUAUAAGUAAAAAUUGAUUUUUUUUUAUACUGAUACAAAAUUGGACAUCUUGUCAAUGAUGGUAUCAAAUAUUUUUUAAAGAAAACUUGUUUGGCAAUGAAGACUGAAUGUCUUUGUAGCAAAGUAAACAAGAGUUUUAUGUUGACAUGAUUAAUAUUUAAGUCCAAGAUUAAGAUAGGAACUAGGGGUGUCCAGAUACGAUAUUGAUAUCGAUAUCGGCAGCAAAAAAAGGAAUAUCGGAUUUUAUUGGCCUGCAUCUAAAAUUUUUGAUAUCAGAUAUAAGCAGUCCAUUCCAGACUCCACUCCUGCACCUCUAUCUAGCAGCGCCCUGAUCCAGCGAGCUGAGCCCACAAAAUCACAACAACAGUGUGUACUAAGGUACUAACAAAGUAGCAAGGAGUAAGAGUGAUGUCGGCUGUGUGGCAGUAUUUUUUGAUCAAGUCAGAAAAAAACAUUGCAGCUGAGUGAACAACUUGUCAUGCACAAUUUUUUGCCAAUAUUGGAUCAGUAUGGGUCAAUAUUUUAAGCUACAAAUCAGUAUCUGGACAGCUCUAAUAGGAACAGCACAAAACCGGACAGUAAUUUACAGCCAGUUUUUGUUACUUUGAGGUUUGAGCCUGAGCUGUACCACUUUAGUUGAACUUUUCCAGCAGUUGUAGAGAGACAAAAAUAGGAUUAAUUGUUCAGUCUGGUCUGUUAAUACCUAGAAGGUUUCUUAAAGCUCCAGUCACAUGGCUACUACAUUGUCCUACAGAGCUGUAAUUUUUCCUGGUAUUACAGGGGAGGUAACAUAGGCUAGCUGAAUGCUGAAUUUGAGCAGCAGCAGCACAGAGUGAGCCAGUGCUCAUGACUUACACUUGUACGCCUUUGAUCGCAUCCAGGGCAUCAGACAAAUAGUCGGUCAGACAGACAGGAUGGGAUGCAGCCUGGAGGGUGGUGGCUGGUAGAGAUAGUAGGAGCAGCCUGGGCCCUAGAGACUUCACUUUAGAAUCAGAUCAGUAAUCUGACCCUGAGAUGCAGACAAAGGUAAUGACUUUCCUCCUUCCCCGAGCAUUGAUUAGGACACAGUUGUGGUGUGUGCAUGCCCCCUGUGUUUGAGUGUGUUUGUGCACUCACACUGUCUGGUGGCGUCUGCUUGUCUUGAUCAGCUCUCAGUCUGGUAUCUGUAUGGAUCUAAUUUCAGCCAGUGCAUUUUGGUAAUGGUGCCUGGCUCCCCCGUACACACCAUGGACUGACUUUCUGUGUUGCUUGGACCCCACAAAACCCACUGUGUUUUUGUAACCUUACAGCCCUGCACUGAACACACUUAAAGAGUUUUUUUCCAGACUUUAUCACUGGAGCAUACUGGAAAGUUCACCUCUAUUUUGACAGGCUAGCUCUGCACGAACAGCCUGUGUACCCUUGUAAACAAACAAAACACGGUCACAGAGGUUCAUAUGUGAAUGUGUUUGGAGUGGGACUACGCUGUGGUUUUGAACUGGGUCUAAGUUAAGGCUGCUCUGGUUAUGGCAACAAUGUUUUAUUAAUCCCUUCCUCGCUGUGUCUGCCAUUUCCUGUCUCAACACGAAGGGAAUGAUAGGAACUCCACACACCAGCAGUCACUUCUCGCACUGCCUUCACCCCUCUUUCCUCCUGUUCCUUUUUUUCCUGUUAUUCACCCCCUCCCAUAAGUCAAAGUCUAGACUGGGUUUUAAUGAUGGUCGCAGCUGGUCGCUUGGACAGACCUCGAUCGCAGCUGGGGGGCCCUGUAAGCCCCCCCUCUCCCCUUCAAUCUGCCUCUCACCCUCCAUAUUGUCCUGCCAAAUUUGGGACCUGCCCCCAUCCUGUCUAGCCUGAAGCAGCCCCCUAAACAUCGGGGGUUGUUACUGUUACCCUCGCCCAUCCCCCUCCUUGUGCUAGUCCACGCCGAAGUCUGCUCCCCCCACUCCACUCUGCUCUUUGUUCGAGUAGGGCCAGUCCAAUCCCUCCUCAUGUUGUCUUAAUCUCUGCACAAAGGCCCAGUGUAAAGACCACCAAUUAUGUGGAUUCAAGAGCACAGUUCACUCAAAAACCACACACACCCGGCCUGCACUCACAUCCAUGUGUAUUCAGGUUUGAUAUUCCUCCUUCAAGUCUCACUUUGUAACACUGAAGCUCUGAUCUGCAGCGAUCUCUGCAAACAACCUGGAAUUUAGGUAAAUUCUGGUGGACAAAGGAGUUUUUAUCGGUCACUCUUGGCAUGGACCCUUCGUUUUUAGUUUUAUUGUUUCUUUUUAAUAAUUUUCCGAGGUGUUGGUUUUACACCACUGAUGAUUUAUCGUUAAGAGAAACUGAUUAAUGGUAUUUUGUGAAUCUGCAUCAUACCAGCAUCAGCCCUCAAAAGGAUAUCACAAAGAUCCUCUGAAAACGCGUUUAUCUAACCCCAACGACAGAAAAUUAAAACUAAAGGUCCUUACACACCGGCACCGCCGCGUAUACAAAACGCAAAAUUAUGAGAUAUUCAGAGGUGAAUUUUGAUGGGCCUGACUAUACACAUCAAGCCUGAUGCGAUUUGACAGGAUGCGAGUUCAAAAAAAAUAUUGACGUCCGAAAUAAUCGCACGAAAAAACGGUCCCGGUGUGUAAGGACCUUUAAACUGACUGCUGCUGAGUGAAAAUUCAGUUUGGAAUAAAACACCUCAGUGAUUUUGACCGAAACAUCAGCCAUGCUCAAACAUCAAUUAAUCAAUCAAAUUUUAUUUACAUGGCGCCAAUUCACAACAGUCGAUAUCCCAAGACCCAACAUUGAGAUGGGACAGAUUUGACCCAUCUCAUCUAACAUUGGUGACAGUGGCAAGGAAAAACUUCCAUUUAAUGGGCAGAAAUCUUGGAAAGGACCAGACUCAUGUUAGACAGCCACCUUGCCACAGCUGGGUUGGGGAGAAGUACAGAGAGACAGGGAGGAGUGGGAGAGAGGGCGGGGGAGAGAGAGAGAAUGAGUCUAAGAUCUGUAACAUAACUCGGUGAAUCACUCAUUUAGAUUAUGUCAUUAAGAAAAUCAUCUGUAGAUUACAUAACCCUGUGUCUUAAUUCUGAUUGUGCCUUCUAAAAGUCCCAUAUGGCAGUAAUUUACUCCGCUAAAUAUUUUUCCCUCUGAUUUGAUAAAAAAAAAAAAAAACAAUUCCUCCAAGCUCAGCACUUUUUCUUCUUUGGCAUACAGAGUAUUUAGUAGAGUAUUUAGUAACCAGCAUUAACAUCAGCUGUCGUCCAGGGAGCUCUGUUUUUAAAAGUUUGCACAGAGGCUGAGCUGUACUAUUUGUGUAAAGUUGUAUCGGUUUGUUAUGGACUGUGUUAAAAACUAGUGAUCAAGACUUUUUGUGAUGUAUUUACAUAGAUAAAAAAAUUUCCCUUAUUGUGAUGAGUCCCCUUGAUUUGUAAUCUUAUAAAGCAGGUGGAUCAGUGUACAUUAUCAGGACACUCUCAUCUGUAUUGUUAUUUUUAAAACCUUUACCAGUUCGCAGUGAAUCCUUCGUUCAUUGGCAGAGAAUGGACUCUGCCUUGGCAUCAGUUUCCUCACACAAACACCACCUGAUCCCCCUGCACUUCUUCUCCUGCUUUGCUGCAGUUUUGUCUUGGAUUCCUCGUUGUGGAUUGUCGGCAACAAUCCUGAUCAGAGUCUUAUCCGUUUCUAUAAAUGCUCGCGACCCCUGUCUCGAUAUUAAAUUACACAUCCUGUCAUUCUUUGAAGACGCUGCUGCUUGUGAGCGUGGAAGGAGGCUACAUAUGGUAGAGUCAUAAUGCCGAAGACUUUUCCACAAACCAAACUCUUGGUAGACCACAGACCACCUAUGGUCGACUCCAGCAGGAAAUGUGUGUGUUUCUAUCUAUGUUUGGUUUCCCCUCAGAGCUUCUGUAUGUCUGUGCACCAUCUGUCCUACCACACACUAAGUCUUCAUGAUAGAUGUGCAUGCUCAUGUCAGAUCACGCUGUCUUAUCAGAUCAUUGCGAGGUUGUUAAUAAAAACAGAAAGGAGAAAGAUUGAUGGAUUAAACUUGGAGCAACUUCUCUCAACUUUCCUUUUUGUCUGAUCAAAGGAGAAGCCCAAUGAAAGAAGAGGAGAUUUGGUGAAGUGUCAUGGAGGUCGACCCCCUCCCCCCUCAUGUCUUCAGACGCCAACACUUUUUUUCCCUCCAUUAAUACAUUAGAUUUGGCACAGGGCUUGUUUUUCCCUCCCAUUAGGUCCAGCCUGCUUCACCUCUGUGUAAUCUGCAGGAAAUUCCAUCUACAUGCGAACCGGAGUCGAUUUCGAAACACCCCGACCACUUUCCCACUCAUUACACAGAGCAGGAGAGACCCACACGUGUGUGCACAAACGCAUAUAAACACCGAACAGAUGAGGGUUAUUACUGAAAGCCCGCUUCAAGUGUUCAACAUUUCCAGUUACCCUUAGCAGACAAGCUCAAACACAUCGACUCACACGCUACAUAUAAAAAAUGCUCCCACACAGGAUGCAACCUCCCAGAGAGCGGUGUAGUGGAAACCACUCCUAUGACACCGAGGUUGGUAAGUUUGGACGCUCGGUUGUUACAUGCCGAUGGCGAAAUCAGUCUAUCAGUCAUCGUGAGACUUUCAUUUCCUCACUUAUCUGUGAGUUAAAAAAAAAAGUGCUGAAACCUGCCGACACCCUCUGACAGGGACCCGACUUCGAUUCAAAGAGGGAUGAUCAGGGGGCUGGAGUGGUCAAAGGAACCCUCAGGGCGAGACACUGACUGAGGAUUAGUGGAAGCUUGCCACACGUAAAAUCUUUUCUUACCCCAGGAUCAGACAUUGUCUGUGGUCCAACUGAUGCUGAGCCUUUUCUCUUUUUGAAGGAGAGCAAGGAUUUAGAUUCUCUCCUGCUUUUUUCGUCUCCUUUCAUGAUGCUGUUGGUUUGGUGGUCUUGUCUUUGCAAACUCCACAGCGAUUAAUCCUGAGUAGUAGAAUCAUUUGUUUUUUGACAGAGGGGAUCAGCUCCUGUCCCGUCAUGCUGUUGUCACUCAGACACUUAGUUAUUUAACACAGACAGGGGGUCUCUCUUAUUCCCACGUAUCAACUCAUUGCAAAAACCCCUCAGCUAACAAGCCUUGCACAAUCCCCUCUUUGACUCUGCUCGUAGAAAUCCUUGGAAGAAGCCUUUUGUGCUGACCUUUCUCUAAACGAGAAGCAUGUGUUAUGACUCAAAAUCACAUUUCACUCAAAAUCAAAUCAGUCUGCAUUUUCUUCCUCCUCCUCCUCCUCCUUUUGGAUGCCCAACUAGCUUCAGUUUGUUUAUGAAGUGGUAGGUUCGUGUGGACUUAGUCGCACUGAGCUCAUUUGAGUGUGAAGUUCAGACCACCAUGGUUUUAUUAUGGCAGUGGCAGGAGUUCCAUUGUGUCACUUCUAAUAGGUCCCCUUGCAGUGCGCUGUGUUAAAUAAAACCCCUGUCUCAUUAGUUUAAACAGUGGCAGCUCUGCGUGUCAGUGUGAGAAAGACCAAAGAGACGAAUGGAGCAGAAUGCUGCAUCGGGGAUUUGGCAGAAGCUUUCUCCCCUUGUUGGGUUUCACUUUGUCUGUCCCAACGGGCAGGUCCGUCUCCACCCUGUGUGUUUGGGUUCAUCUGCAGUGAAGGAUCUGAUUUCAGGGCUGUCUGGCUGCAGUGAGUUCUGUCUGCACGGCACAGGAUGCCUACAGCUGAAUGAGGCGCCAUGCUCUUUACAUCCUGCGUCGAAACUGUUAACUUAGUCCUCCCCCUGCUGGACAAAAUGCAGAAGAGAAAUGUUUAAUCCGAGCUAUCGUCUCUGUUUUGUUCUUUUGCAGCUCUGCGUUGUAACUGCACAAACUGUGAAAAGACCGGCUAUGAGUGCGAGACAGAUGGAGCCUGCAUGGCCUCCACGUACUACAUCGAGGGGAAGGAGCAGCAUGUCCGCAUCUGUAUCACCCGGGACAACCUGGUGCCCCCCGGACAACCUUUCUACUGCCUGAGCGCUGAGGGGCUGCUCAACACACAUUGCUGCUAUGAAGAUUACUGCAACAGUAUUGACCUGAAAGUCCCAGGUGAGGCUUUGUCAUCAAACAUCCACUCACUUUGAGCUCAUCAGUUACACUUUCACAGUCAGUGGAAUUACUCUUAUUAAUAUUAUUAUUAUUAUUGUUGUUGUUGUUAUUAUUUUUUAUUGCUAUUUUUAUUUUAUUGUUAUUUUUAUUAUUAGAAUUUCUAUUAUUAUUAAUUUAUUAUCAUUAUUUCUAUUAUUAUUAUUAUUAUUAUUAUUAUUAUUGUUAUUAUUAUUUUAUUUUAUUUUUAUUUAUUUUUUAAUUAUUAUAAUUUUUCUUUCUACUAUUACUAUUAUUAUUACUAUUACUGUUAUUGUUUUUGUGUUAAAACACUUUGGCAAUACUAUAGGAACAGUCAUGCCAAAAAAGCUCAUUAAAAUUGAAAUUGAAAUCAAAAACCCUGCACCUCUCACUGUUUUUUCUUACUAGUCCCUACAAAAGAGGUCAACUGGUCCGGUUCAGGAAACUCCUGGGGUCCAGUGGAGCUGGUGGCAGUCAUCGCAGGGCCCGUGUUCCUCCUCUGUGUGCUGCUGAUGGUCGGCGUGUUCCUGUUCCAGCAUCAUCAGAGAGCUUACAGCCACCGACAGAGGCUGGAGGUGGAGGACCCGUCCUGUGACCAUCUGUACCUGGCUAAGGACAAGACUCUGCAGGACCUCAUCUAUGAUAUGUCCACCUCAGGUUCAGGCUCAGGUCAGUACACCCUGCCAGUCAAGUGUGAGAAACUGAUUUUAAGUAAGAGAAAUACGUUUGAGGAUCAAGCAGGUUACUGUAUCAUCUUUCUGAAGGUGUAAUUAGAGGCUUUCAGCUAAUUGUUUGUAUCCCUCUCUACCCCUCUGCAGGUUUGCCCCUGUUUGUGCAGCGAACGGUGGCCAGGACCAUUGUGCUGCAGGAGAUCAUAGGAAAGGGUCGCUUCGGAGAGGUGUGGCGUGGGAAAUGGAGAGGAGGAGAUGUAGCAGUGAAGAUAUUCUCAUCCAGAGAGGAGCGCUCCUGGUUCAGAGAGGCGGAGAUCUAUCAGACAAUCAUGCUGCGCCAUGAAAACAUCCUGGGAUUUAUUGCAGCAGAUAAUAAAGGUAAGGACAUCUGCAGGCAUUGUUGAGCAGUUCAGGCAUUUUCAAACACUGCAGGUGUAAGAUCCCUCAAAGUACAACUGUGACAGAAGUGAUCCAUUUUUUAAAUUGUCCUGAAACUGUUUUUUUGAAAUCAAACACUUCUUUAUACUAUGUUUGUGUUGUUUUUUUUCCAGACAAUGGCACGUGGACUCAGCUGUGGUUGGUGUCAGACUAUCACGAGCACGGCUCUCUCUUCGACUACCUAAACCGCUACUCUGUCACCAUCGAGGGCAUGAUCAAACUGGCACUGUCAGCUGCCAGUGGCCUGGCACACCUCCACAUGGAAAUCCUUGGCACUCAGGGUGAGACAGGCUGUCAUGUUUAAAUGCAGCCCUGAAUACCACGAAUCAAUAAAUAAACACAGCAAGAACACAAAAGCCCAGGCGGGAGUUACUCCCCUUCAGUAAGUGUGUGCUAUUUGUGCUGAGCCCAUGGCAAAUGUAAUUAUGUGUUGGGUGUCCUCCUGCAGGUAAGCCAGGCAUCGCUCACCGCGACCUCAAGUCUAAAAAUAUCCUGGUUAAGAAGAACGGCAUGUGUGCCAUCGCUGACCUAGGCCUGGCAGUCCGCCACGAGUCUAUCACAGACACAAUUGAUAUAGCACCGAAUCAGCGAGUGGGCACCAAGAGGUAAGAGCUCCAACUGUGUUCAUUCCUGCAGAUCAAUCAAUUUGUACACGAGUCCAAAGUUGAGUCCAUGAAUUGUUAUCGGUCAGAUGAUCAAAGGUUGUGAUGUUCUUGUUCUUCUUUAUCCACACUCUUUGUUUCUGUCCAGGUAUAUGGCUCCAGAAGUUCUGGAUGAAACCAUCAACAUGAAACACUUUGACUCCUUUAAAUGUGCGGACAUUUAUGCCCUGGGCCUGGUGUACUGGGAGAUUGCACGUCGCUGCAACGCAGGAGGUGAGAUUAUAAGAUGCAGCUGAAGUGAAUGAAUCAGAAACAUGAAGCAGAAACUGAAAAGUCUCCUCAAUCAUGUCCUGCAGGUAUCCACGAGGAGUACCAACUUCCCUACUACGACCUUGUGCCCUCUGACCCCUCAAUAGAAGAAAUGAGGAAGGUAGUGUGCGACCAGAAACUGAGGCCCAAUGUGCCCAACUGGUGGCAGAGCUACGAGGUGAGUCAGGCUUUGAGAUCUGUCACUUUUUCAACAUGGUGAAAACAUCAACACCAUUACUUUGUUGUUUUUUUUUUCCUCCUAAAACUGAAUGAAUUAGACUCUCACUCAUGCCCUUGUUCUCCUCAGUCCCUGCGAGUGAUGGGGAAGAUCAUGAGGGAGUGCUGGUACGCCAACGGAGCAGCCAGACUGACGGCCCUGCGCAUCAAGAAGACCCUAUCUCAGCUCAGCGUGGAGGAGGACGUGAAGAUGUGAGCGGAGAGAGAAACGAGACGCGCUGGAGACGCACAAACCAGACCACACUCCCCAUAGGAAAAAAAAACGAACACUAAAGACAGACUGCAAAUGAAAAACCCUGCCAGUUCUAAAGCCACACUCCGAGUUGUGACGAGGCCUACCUCACCUUUUUAGCCAAAACUACUGAGAGACACCCUCCUUCUCCUUCUUGACUUCUCCCUGCCUCCCCCUUCGUUCCUAGUGUGUCCUCCCCCUCAGACUGCCCCCCUCUUUCUCCAUGGGCCACCUCCACCACAGCACUACCACUGUUAAUAUCAUCACACUCAGCCCCUUUUUGUUUGCAUUUCCCAUGGCAGGAAUAACUACUACUGUACAGUGAUGGGAUUUAUUUUUGUUUGAUCUUUUUUUUUUUUUUUUACCUCCUUGAAAUCUUUUUAAGUCGAGUCCAGAACGCUGUGAGUUUUAAUUUGAAGAUUAAUAAGACUUCAUUUUCUGUUGUUGCUGUGAGAGGGGGUGAUGAGGCUGAGGCACGGCCUCUCGGGUUAAAAGGUGUCUAAACUACUAGCAUGUCGGUAAAUAAGAUGAAACGAGGUAUUGGACUUCUUCUUAUUUCAGUGCAUUUACUUGUUCCUCCCUCACUCACUCGAGUCUCCGAAAAACAAAAAUUAGUUGCACUCAACUGUAGCUUCCUCUUCAUGUGUGAGACCGCGAUAGAUUUGGUUUAGUCCCAGUGUUAGCUUGAAAUGUGGCAGGGAUGAAUAAUUGUGUUUGGGAUGGUCUAAGUUUUUAUUUAUUUGUUGAUAGUUUUUAAUUUCCUAUAAAUGAACACUGUGAGACGAGAUGUAAGAAGCCAGAGUCUUGAGGUAAAAGUUGUGGUUCAGUCCAAGUCUUCACCACCUUUCAGACAGCUCAUCAAAGGAGGGUUGUUGUUGUUGCAUUCAUGUAAUAAGAUAAAGAGUGCUAAUGUGGAUGCAGCCAUAGUGCCCUCUACAGGUGACAGUCAAUGACAACAUGCACACUGAGCAAAUAAGAGGCGUAUGAAAUGGCAAUGAAAAUGAUUUCUUUUUUUAAAUAUGUUGUUGUGUUUUGUGUAAAGAUGUCAUGAUGGGUGAUUUUGUUUGACUCUGACAUUAGACACUACUGAUGAUGGGUACAUAUAUGAUUUGUAUAUAAAACAUUCAUAUUUUUCUCUGUUAUGCCACAAGAACCAGUGUGACAUUGCAACAGUGAGUUUUGCUUGAACGGUACUUUGAUCAGUCUGCAUGGUUUCGAACCGUGCCAGGAAAUAGACUGGGUCAUCUGCUGGAAUUCUCCUCUUAUGGCGAUUUGGUGGUACUACUGAUCCCAAAUAAUUUUGCUGCAACUUUUAUUUUUUUAAUGUUUAAAUGUUGGUUUUGCUUCUUGGGUUCUCAUCUGAGCUCAGUAAUGCAAUUCUCCGUCGUCUGCGUACUGAAUGUCCUGCGGGGUGGCAUCUCUUUCUCAUUGACACUGGAAUAUUUUUAAAGCAUCAUGUAACCUUGAAUUCUAAUGCCGCCCAUGGCUGUUCUGGGAUAAAGACAGCUGUGACAGUUCACGCAGGGGUCACACAGUUCGAUGUGAAAUGUAGUUUCAGAGACUGACAUGCUUUACAGUGAAACUGCAUGUUUCUCUUCUCCGUUGUCGUCUGCAGCGUGGAGACAGUCUGCGGAUUAAACUAUGAAAGUAUUACACUGACAUUUGUCACUGUUGGGCUCUGCACUGUUACGUCCACAGGGACUUUAUUUAAUGUUAGUUUUGUCAUCGAUGAUCCAGACUCCAUGUGUCAUGUUAGUAUCCAUUUAGCAUGUUGUUCAAACACUGGGUCCUCUGCACUGAGGUUAGAUGAACGUUAGGCUUGUCGUUCCCUCUUCCCACCAUCUUUUCUUUCUUUCUUUUGGGUCUUUGGUUGUGUAUCCCAGAAAUGUUGCUGCUACUGAAAACAUGGGUAGAUGUUCAGCAGGCAGUGCAAAGGCGAGCAUAGAGAAGAAGUUUGGAGGCUACCGUAAGUUGAACCAAAACUGUCCACACACUCCUGUCCAUGUUAGAAUUGUUGCCAUGGGUAUAUGACCAUCAGACAUCCUGUUCAUAACAGAAACUUCAAGAUUUCAAAUCAUCAUGUGGAAAUCUUUUCAGACUAUGUUAAAGUGUAUAUAGAUGAUAUACAAUAAAUUCCUCUUUUUUUCUUAAA